AGACGGGGCGGCGGGCAGCGCUCGCGUCACAAUUACUAACACACGUACAAGUGAGCAGUGCGUCUCCUGUCCGUCGAUCCAAAGGACACACACUCUUUCACAUUGGCAAUAUGGCCAAGUUGCAGAUCGCACUUUUAGUUUUAGCAUGCGUGGCGAGUGCCGCCCUUGCGCAGCAGCGCCGCGUAGUCCGCGUGCGUCAACGUCUUCUGCCUCAGGUCGAGGAACAGCAGGAGCAACAUCAGGCAGUGGCGCAGGCCCGUGCCGACCCUGAGUACAGCAUCUACCACGCCGUGCCCGCCCAGGAGAGCCAGGAAUAUGAUGAGCAGCCGCGUCCGGUGCUGAGGCAGCAGGUUGCUCGUAACCGUGCCGAGGUGCAGCGUGCCAUUGCUUCCCCCCGCACCAAGGAGGCCGCCGCCGCUAAGGAGGUCGUGCAGACCAUCCGCAACUACAACACCAUCAACGACGACGGCAGCUUCACCUUCGGCUACGAGGCGGCUGACGGCUCCUUCAAGGAAGAGACCAGAGGCGUCGACUGCGUCGUCCGCGGAAAGUACGGCUAUAUCGACCCUGACGGCAACAAAAGGGAGUUCACCUACGUCUCCGGAAACCCCUGCGAUCCUAACAACCCCGACCCUGAUGAGGAUGACGACCAGUCGGAAGAAGAGGAGGACUCCAACGAGAAUGUACCCAAGGCUCGCCCCGUCGUCCGUCCCGCUGUCCGCCCCAACGUUGCUCGCGUCCGUCCCACUGCUCCCGCUGCUACCGCCACGCCCGUCUUCCAGAACCAAUACCAGGGCCAGAGAAUCGCCAGACCCACCCCCGCCGCUGUAAGCGUCACCCCCAGACCAGUGGUCCAGCACACCGCAGGUCCCGCCGUCACCACCUUCAGUCCUGAGAACUACCCCGUCGCCGUGGCCCCCGUCGCCGUGACCCCCAAUCCCAUACGCACUGCUAAGCCUUUCGCUCCCGUCACUCCUUCCAUCAACAGCGCUGGCUCGAUCGACUUUGAGGAGGAGCUGAGCAAGUUCCAGCAGAAGGUGGUCGCCACCCCGACCCCUGCGGCUGCGACUUUCACCAGACAACCCGUCCAGGCUCAGUCGUUCGCCCCAGCCUCCAACGCCAUCCCUCUCAGGGCUUCUCCCGCCCCCGCUCCCGCUGCCAAAGCGCCCGCCGGUGCCGGAAACCCGUACUACAACUCUCAGCUCAUUUUCAACCCCUCCACCGGCCAGUACCAGACUGUGCUGUACCAGCAGCUGCCCAAGGGCGCUGGCGAGUUCUCGCUGAACACCCGUCUCCAGCCCUACGUGCACCAACCUCAAAUCCAGCCUCAGCUUCAGCGUCAGCCGCAGCAGCAACAGCAGCAGCAUCAGCAGCAGUUUUACCCCUCUCAGCCCUUCCCCAGUCUCGAGAGCCUGAGGGCGGGACCCACCCAGCCCCUGCAAGCUGCCCCCGCCGGUUCCGCGCCCAGUCGCUUCCCGGCUAACGUGAUUGGUGCUCCCCAGCAGUCCUUCUACUACAUCAACCCCAAUCUGCGCAAUCAGUUCUCGACAGGGCAGAUCGACUCUUUCCUCAAGGGCCACAACCUGCAGCUUUAAGCACACCAACACCAUCAUCAUCCCCCUGCCUCGAGGGAGCAAGGAACGGAUCCGCGUGAUAGACAAACACAUCAAAUCUGGAGUUCUGUAGCAAAACCGACAGUCCACGCCGACAUGCCGCCUUUGCUCCCUUGCACCGCCGCCCCCGUUGUACUUGGGGGUGGGUGGCCAGUCAUUUCUUAGUGCCCAAAUGCUCUGCUGUAAAUAAUUUCUAUCAUAAUUAUUAAGUUGGAAACAACGUCUGUCCGCUAUUGCUGCUGUUUUUAUUUUAAAAUAAAGAGAAUGUGUACGUGUAUUUUUAUAAUUUUUAAA